AUGUCACUCGUCGUCAAAGAACUUCCAGAAGGUCCUUCUUCGAACCCAGCCACCACAACUCGCAAAGUACAUAUCCUGGAUUUGGCUACCGAAUUGAUUCAAGGCGUAUGCGAAUGCCUGGACCUUGAGAGCUUGAAGGCUGUUCGACAGACCUGUAAAGAACUGCGGGACAAGUCGCUGCAUCACUUCGGGACUGCCUACUUCCGGGCUCUUCGUACCAUCGUCUCACUCCGGGCUCUGAAGAAUCUCGUCGCAAUAUCCCAAGAUCUCAACAGCUAUGUUCAAUAUCUCUCAAUCGUUUCCCAGCCUAUGAACUUCAGCCACCUAUACUGGCAAAUCGAAUCCACUGACCUCGAUUCUGAUGAUUCUGAUGAUUCCAACAUACACGACGAUGACCUCGUAAUCAGCGACGAAGUCAGGGCCUUUUUCUAUCUCCUUGAUCAGCAAAAGCUUAUGAGGGAAGCUGGUUCCGAUGUCCGCCUUUUCGUCAAGGCCUUCAAGAACUUUGGAAAUCUCAAGAUCGUACAGCUAUGUCACCUCUUCUCAGAGGACGGGGUCAGUGAUCCUAACUUUCCGACCAUCAGGAAGAUCAACUUGCUGCGGCGACAAUGGGCAUCGGAAGACUUUGACCAAUAUCACCGCCCUAAGGCACAUCUUAUUGCUCCCGUCAAGAGAAAACUUAGAGCUGAAGCAGCUUUGGAUAGAACGGAAUUUGAAAUGGACCGUCCAUCAGGGUUAUCGCUGUACCCUUUGAACGAAGUGGUCGUGAAGGCAUUCGAGAAGAGCGGCCGCCAGGCCAUUCAAUUUGACGUUACAGUCACAUUCUCGUCCCCGUACGAGGGCCCGUUCGAUUUCUACUCUUACAGACGCUCCAUUGACAAUUGGAAUACUGAACCAUUCAGUCGCGCCACCACAGCUUGGAGAAAAAUAGCGGAGCGGCACCUCCGCAGUCUGGUGGUUCAUGGGGAGUGCGAAAAAACUUUUGGGACCGACAAAUAUUGGACAGCCGACCUACUCAGAGGGUUGUCUGUAUCAGAACGACUUGAAGAACUCAGGUUUUCACAUCUAGGCCAUGAAAAGAAUGUUAAUCUAGAUUUAUCCGCCUUCAAUUGGCAUUCUCUAAAGCACUUGAGCAUCAAUCAAACUAUCUUCAGUGGCAGUGGGGAGCUUCGUGGCUUUCUCUCAAAGGCAGGAGCAACUCUAGAAGACAUCAGCCUACAUGACGUCUUUCUCCGCGACCAAAGGGACCCUUGGAUUCCAAUUCUUGAGGGUCUGGAACGGAUGCCUCGCCUUUGUUUCGUGCAUCUGCGGAACCUAUACCAGAACCGCAUCGCAAUGCCGCAGCCAAACACUGGGCAACGCCAUCUAGUGCUUCGACGCGAAGGGAUAUCACCCGGUCUGAAACAUGCCGUCUCUAGGCUAAAACUAGGUCCCCUUAGCGGAGCUGAGACUUUGGGAUUGUUCUCUAAGCAUGCUACUGGUAUGGUAGCGGUCAUCUUCGAGAUCGAAAGCGAUGACAAGGAGGCAGAAAGCUCUAGACAUUGA